GGCUCCGGUCGUGUGGUAUAUCCUGCACUAUUACAUGAUAUUUACCAGGCUUGGCAUUCCAGAGCUGGGAUGUAACUGAAAUAGAUCUGGUGGAGACAUGGAGGGCAGCUGUGGAGGAAACCGUGAUUAACUAACUCCCUGCAUUUAAAGUCAACACGUUGCACUGAUUAAUUCUGUGUUUUCAUUGAAGCUGCAGUCUAAUUUAAAAGGAAAACAAUAAAAUACAAGGCAGUUAGUAACGAGAACCACGUGUUGUCCAUCUUGGUCCACCAACACUCCCCCCCCCCCYCGUUUCCCAUCUGUGCCCUUCAGGCCCUCACUUGAGUCACCUCCCACUUUCCUCUUCCUUCAGAGCUCGUCUGUUUUUGUUUUUGAGCCUGGGCUCUUUGCACAGGAAACUGUAUACAUUGGGAGCAUUCAGGAAAGGCAGGGAGAAACUUUCCCAUUAGCUCCAGCUUUGAGGACAUAACGGAGGGGAGAAAAAAAUUAUAAGAGGGGUCAGUAACUGGGAGAGAAACAGAUGUCAGCUGUUCUCCUCCUCCCAUAACCUCGUCUCCCUCCCUCUUACAUAGUCUGGACGCUUGAAAAAUCGCUGCCACAUCACUGCCACGAGGCUAUCCCUCAAUUCAGAAAAUGCAGAAAGUCUUUCUCAAAAAACAACUAUAGCCAUGUUCCUAAUGGAUGGGUGUCUCAGCUGCAGAAGAAACCAAUGAGGAGAACAGACUGGAAUGAAGGAAAAGAGGAGGAGAUAAAAGAGCAGAGAGAGGGGGAGAGAGAGAGACUGGGGGUGAAAAAACAACAGGAAACCAAACGAUUCUAAUGCUGUUUCUGCAAAUCAGCUCACAUAAUUCAGCUGAACACCAUGAGGAACAGUCCCGCCGCGUCUUUUCUCGGCUCAUCUCCCGAGGAACGAGCCAUGUAAAAAGAGCUGAAGUUUGAAAAGUGACGUCAGCAGCAGCCGUGCGGUCUGUCAGGGUGCGAGCGGAUGCAGGCAUUUGGGAGCUGUGUGCUGGGAUUCCUGUGCGGCUGCCUUUUGACCUGCCGUCUCAUUUCUGGUUUUUGGGCUCAUAUGGAUCAAUUCUGGUGCUUUCAGGGAACGUUCUGUUUCAGUCUUCUGGACUACUAACUGGAGCCCACAUGAAGAAUAAAGGAAACAAGCAGAAGACCAAAAAGAAAGGAAGUGAGAAUGUGUUCGGCUGUGACCUGACAGAACAUCUCCAGGGCUCAGGACAAGAUGUUCCUCAGGUUCUCCAGAAGUGUGCGGAGUUUAUUGAGCAGCAUGGGAUUGUGGAUGGGAUCUACAGACUCUCAGGGGUCACCUCAAACAUCCAGCGUCUCAGGCAGGAAUUCUGCUCCGAGGCGUGCCCUGACCUUACCAAGGAAGUAUACCUCCAGGACAUCCACUGUGUGGGUUCCUUAUGUAAGCUCUACUUCAGGGAGCUGCCCAAUCCUCUGCUCACAUAUGAGCUCUACAGCAAAUUCACUGAGGCUGUGUCCCUUCAAGGAGACCAAGACAGACUUUCACAUAUUCAGACAGUUAUCAAAGAGCUUCCCUCCCCUCACUUCAGGACUCUGGAGUACCUUUCCAAGCACUUGGCCCGUCUUGCUACCUUAAGCGCCCAGACAAAUAUGCACACGCGCAAUCUGGCUUUGGUUUGGGCUCCAAAUCUGUUAAGAUCCAAGGACAUUGAGACUUCAUCUGGUAAUGGAGACAUGGCCUUCCAGGAAGUGCGAAUACAGCAGUCAGUGAUCGAGUUUAUCUUAAACCACACAGAGCAGAUCUUCAGUGGUGAUUCUGAUCAAAUAAAACCCAAAGAAGGACCGAGUUUGAUGUGUGCAGAGAAAUACGCCACUCUCCCGAUCAGCGGUGGGAGUGGGCCGAUGAAACUGAUGAGCCUGGAAGAAGCCCAGGCCCGCUCCUUAAGUCCAAAUCACCCAGUGCACAAAGAACGUCAGCGAGAGAACAGCCUACCUGACACUAGCACUGCAUCGCUCUAUCACACGGUCAUAGAAAUAUCAGACAACAAGAGGAGGUUCUCUGGAAAAUCUAAAAAGUGGAAGUCUAUCUUUAACCUGGGAAGAUCUGUGGAGUCAAAGGGAAAACUCAGCCGCAAUGGCAGCGUGUUCAUCAGAGCACAGGGAGCAUCAGAAAAGGCAGCUCUGCGUCCUUCCAGAAGCAUGGAGUCCUUGUGCUCCUCGUCUCCAGAUGAUGACGGGGCGAGAAGCAAUACCUCAGCUGAUGGAUCCAAUAGUAUUUUUAUUCCUGAUGUGAAAUCCAGAACACUGGGAUCUGACUCCCUCUAUGAUCUGAAUGAACAUAGCCAAAACUGGGAGAUGAAAGCAAAGAAAGGUGGUGCGAAGGCCGGCUGGAGCUCCGGCCUGAACCAAAAAGACUCACCGGGAGCUUCCUCUUUCCAGAAAACAAUGCCAGAGCAGCUCAAGGUGUUCAAAGGGGAUGACCUCAGCAACUACAAACCGAGUUCUCCGAAAAACAGGAGGAUGCUGUACUCCGGCUCCUCCCGGCCCUCGUUCCCAGGCAGCUUCUUCCCACUGGAGUCUUCGCCGAGGCACCAACGCAGAGCUGUCAACAUAUCUGAGCCUUUUGCCGUGUCCGUGCCCUUACGCGUGUCGGCCGUCAUCAGCUCCAACAGCACGCCGUGCAGAGGGCUCAACAAAGAGAAAGCAGCCACUUUGAAGCCUUGCAGGGAGCCUACAGAGCAGAGCAGCCACUUUAAGAAGAGCAACACUUUCCCUCUGCUGGAGCCGAAAAGGCAGGAAGGAACAGAGAAGAAGCACACCGAGGUUCUGGCCUUCAGAGUGUCGCCAGAGGAUAAAGACAAGAAAACAUUGCAAAAAAACGAAGGAGUAAAGAUUGUUUCUAAACUGGAAGAGCUACCUAAUGCACAAAAAAGCGAAGACAAAGAUACAGCGCCAUCUUCUGGGGAAGACAUUCACAAUCUCACUAAAGAUACACAACUGGAUGUUGGACCUGCUGCUGGGAAAACGCUUUGGUCUGACCUCCAUCAGGAACUGAUGAUAACUGAGCCUGAAAUCAACCUGCUGCAUAAGACUUUCAAACCGGUUUUUGCUUCAACAAGCACCAAGUUAACAAUGGACGUCAAGUCAAAGCGAAGCCGCAGCUCUCCGUCUUUAUCCCUGCUUUGUAAGGAGCCUUCGUCGAACGCCUCUUUGUUCGAGCGCGCAACUGCAAAUAGACCCGACUCAAAAAGAAAACAGCCCUCGGAGUCAGACCUGUUGUUUUGUGUUCACAAAAACUUUGACGUCCAAAUUUCAAGCACAUUAGAUGCAAAAGAGAAGCUGAAACCUUUACAUAAAAGUGCACCGGCUUACACCAGCCAGGCUCCCAGGAGGGAAACCAGGCCAGACUGUGUUAGAAAUCCUCUAACGAUAAAGGACGCCCCACAGGUCGCAAGCUUCUCAGACAGUGCAGACAGACAAUCUGAGAAGCAAGAGGACACAAAAAGAUCGCAGGACGAAGUAAAGAAAAGCGUGAAUCCUGAGGUGGAACCCUGUCAGAGACUCUCGGUGUGUUUAGAGGAGAGACGAAACAUGCCGGAGCUGGCAAACUUUGAUGACGAAGACGUAUUUGGAAUGAACCUGGAGGAGCUGGACUUGGUGGAGUCCUGGGAGGAUCUUAGCUCCACCAAGCAGUGGGUUACUAGUCCCCUGCACUCGCCCGACAUCGAGGAGCUGUUUAACCAGCUUUCCCCCUUCAGUUCUAAGGGAGAAACUCCAAACCCAGAGGUUUCAUCUCCUGAAAACGUUCCUCAGAGUGUUGGAGCUAACCCAGAAAUUAAAUGGACCAAUCUGCCGUUGGUGCCUAGACGGACGAGCUUGAACAACAAUAAUGCAACCCAACCUCCAACAGCAAAGAGCAGCAUGGCAAAACCAAAGAAUACAGGAUCAUCUCAGAGAUUCACCAGGCAAAUGUCAUGUGAGACAACGGCGGCAGAGAAAAAAGAGGAGCACGGCUCUUUCAGACAAAGACCCUGCUCCCUUAACUUAGACCUUAGCCAUCGAUGCAUAAGAGACAUUUCAAAUCAGCAAAAUCGCAAGUCGUCUGAGUUUUUUUCUGGUCCAAAAGGCUUGCUGGCCGCUUCUGGAACUGUGAAUAAAGGACAUUCUGAGUUGGAUCUGUUUCUAAAUGACAGACAGGCGCCUCUCCGCCGAAACUCUGCCCCAGUCAGCGUGUCAUCGGUGCGGACAGCCUUCAUGAUAAAAACAUGUCAGGUCAAAGCUGUGCCCGUUGUCCCUCCACAGGUGCAGUACAGCCAGAUACCUCAAACAAAGCAGGAAAGUGAUACUGUCACUGUGAAGGAGCAAGAAAAGGGAUUCCCAAAGACAAGCACAGACACGAGCACUGCCACCCCGCCUAUGCUGAUGUCGGACCUAAAGGAGGAACUGGAGAACAAAGAGCCACCCCCUAAACACCAAAAGCAUGCAAAUGUUCAGAAAUCAGCUGAAGCUGGGAAGAAUGCCACCCCAGAGCUGCCAGUCAUAACUAGGAGGCAUGCCCCGAGUCUGGAAGUGUUUGUAGAUGGUCCUAGACCCAACAGAGGAGCACUGCUGCAAAGGCCGUCCUUUAGAAACCGGCAGAGACCUCAGAGCCUCAUCCUCCUCAGCCCCCCUUUCCCGUUCAUGGACUAUCCAACAUCAGGGGACGAUGGCAAGCUGCUCUCAUCCAUCAAGAGUCUAAAUGACACGUCAGCGCUCAACGUCUUUUCCAAAGAGAUGACCGAGAACUUCAGGACACAAGAGGGACUCGCUCUGCAGAACAAAAUGACGAUCCCGAAAAGUGGACAGAGACUCGAAACAUCAACCAGCUGCUUCUACCAGCCUCAGAGGAGGUCCAUGAUAUUCGACAGCAGGAGUCCUAGGCAGAUCGAGUGACUGCGAGUGGGCCAGCGUGUAAAUAGGUGCAGAACAUAAAGAAUCUUUGGAAAACAGAAAAGAUCAUGAAAAUAGUCUACGGGAUGAAGCCAAAGCGAUCCAAAAAUCAAAAAGUGGAAGCCAUAACUCAGAUUUCUCUGAUAUGUGAGAAAUCAAUAUUUUUAUUCAUUCUCUUAAUCCUCACUGGUAUUUUUUUAUAUGUGUAAUCAUAUUUUUUUAUCAAAUUACAUUUUUAUUCCCAGAUAGAGUUUCAGAUCAAGUUACAGCGUCAAAGUACGAAGUCUCUCUGACAAAAUAAAUGCCAUCAAAUUUCUCUUCAUCAUCUGACUUGAUAAGAGGCCUGAAUAUAUGAGGCAGCAAGUGAACAUUGUGUUAUCAAGGUUGGCAAAAAUACACAAGUUUAAACAGGUCCAAAUUAUGGUGGCUAAUUUCUCUCCACCAUUUCUCUCCCAAGUUUAACGCACCUGGAUCAAAUAAUGGAUCAUUAGAAGGCCUAAGAAGAACGAUGACAUGCUGAAAAGAUUGUUACUAACUAACUAAAACCUGCAGGAUGCAGGAUCACCCCUGUACUAGAUAACAAAUCAGACCCAAGAGAGCAUGUGCCAUGACUGCUGAUAAAAUUUAGGCUGCUGUUCUAUGUUAACGUGAUGGCAAGAUGACCUUUCACUGAGUGACAAUGACAUAGGUAAAAAACAAAAACAAAAGAAAAAGUGGGAAGCAGGUUCUGCCCUAAGAUGUGCACAAACUGCAUGCAUUUAAUUCAGAACAAACUGAAGUCAAUCACAUGUUGCUCUUUUUUUCAGAUAUUAGCUCUGCAGCAUAUGGUUGCUAAACUCACUAACUUCUCCCCCCUCAAAAAACCCAUUUGCAAACAAACUCACACAAAGCAAUGAUCACAAGAAGACAUGCUCACCUCUACAACACCUACCAGCCAUGAGCAUUUUUGUUGAUCACAACACAAACACUAGAUGGAGCCAGAUGAACCAGAUUUAGGCCUGUGGCAUGUAAUACAGCCCUGAAAUCACCUUUUGCACGCAGAGGAAAUGUUCCUGUUAGCGAAAGGUUUCUGACACUGAUGCAAAAACGUGUCGGCACAAUUUAUAUUCUGUAGCUUGUGGAGUUCAGGUUCAGGUUAGUCCCUAAUCCGUUAAAAUCCAAGAAAUGAUCCAAUAGCUUUGGGAGCUCCAGGGAUGGAGCAGGAUUAUUUUAGAAGCACAUAAAAACCUGAUGUACUGUUUUACAGAAGAAGCAUAAAGAAAGACAAAGUGCUGCAACACAAAAACUGUGUUAAACAGGAAAUGACGUAUCUGUCAAGAAUUACCUACUGAAGAAGGACAACUGAAGUCUUAAAGGAAAAUAUCGAUUAAAACUGUUUUUAUGAAGCAAACUAUUUAUCCCUGAAUUAAAAUUUUAAUUUUCCUUUCAAUCAGCUGACUCUUAUGGCAUUAAUUAUUAUUUUAUAUAUAUAUAUAUGAACACAUAUUGAGACUGGAUCUGUGGCACACUGACGUCAAUGUGAUUUUGUUCAAGUGAUAUUUAAAUGAUUUUAUUUUCAUAUUUCUAUGUAUCAGAAAUUUUAAUAACAGUAUUUACCAGCCGAAGGAGUGUAAGUAAUGUGUAUCUUGAUUGUAUCAGAGUUACUUCGGCAGUUUUGUUGUCGUUGUUUUGGAAUAUAUGUUGUAAUAUGACAAAUGAAAAGUGAAGUCAAAGAGCCGUUAAUCAGACGGUAAAUUUGCAGGCUGCCUCUGUGCGAGCUGACUGUAUUCACUUUGGAGCUUCAAGGUUUGCUUUGAGUCAAAGUCAGAUUUUGCCAUCUCCAGAUUUUUUUUCUCUCCUCUGAUGUGUUUAGCAGAUCACUUGUAAAUGCACAGGAUAGUUUUUUUUGUGUUGAACAUACUUUGAAUGCUAUUGAGCUGACUUUUUUUUUUUUUUUUACCACAGUUUGAAUGAGCAAGAUGAUUGAGUCUAAAGUCAUCUAAAGUUUUCCGUUGGUUUUUAUAACUCCUGUAUGCUUGUUGAGGCUGACAAGAAUUCAAUAUGUUGCAUGAAUUUACAUAAAAAUGUAUCAGUGUUAAAGAUUUUGAGGUGAAAGUCUUUCGAUGACAGCACCUGCAGUAAUGUACAUAUUAUUACUGAUUUUGUUACAAAUCAUCAGAAUAAUAAAAAAAAAUGAAAGUAUUGUGACAAUAAU